AUGGCAAUGCACACGCUGUGCAUCGUCUCUCUUAGCCCCUUCCUCAAAUUCUUGCUCAUUGCGCUCUCCUCUCUUCGCGAGUUUCUCGCCGUCUAUCAAGCUCCCGACGAUACUUCUAUCACAACAGCGACGCUUCCCAUCGAACUGAUCGCCAUGAUUGUUCGCGAGCUACAUGAUGGCUCGUCGUACCCAGAUUCAGAGACGCGGCACGCGCUGUGCUCUCUGUGCUCGAUAUCCCGUUAUCUGCACCAGCUCGUCACCCCGCUGCUUUACACCUCAAUACGCGUGUCCCUCCCUGGCGGCAGAUGCACCGUCCUUUCCGAGUCUCGGCACAUUUCGUCACACCUCCGAAACCUCUCCGUUUCCGUCCUCGACUUCGAACGUUCCAUGUUGCCGGAGCUCAGAGCAGAGAUGGUUGCUUUAUGCUCGCUGCUUACCAAAGCACGGCAUACGCUGCGUACGUUAAUAUGUGGUAUGCCGUUCGAGGAGCUAUUUGGUACGCUCGAGAGGCUAUUCGAACGCAAUGGAUCCCGCAAAUCCGACCUGGAAUCAUCAUUCUUUCGCGCCCUCGAAAGCCUUUCGUCUUUAGAGACGGCUGCCACCUGUGACGCACCCUUUCAUACGUUUUCGUUGGAUGAUUUCAAUCACUUCGUGCAUCUCAGACCGUCUUCUCCCGGGGGUACCUGGCUCAAUCACACGGCAUGCCCCAGGUGGCCUGCCCUGCGCCGUCUCUUCCUUAUCAAGCCAUUGAUCACAGAACGUUUCGCGGACGACUGCUUGGCUCUCCCGCACCUGGAGACUUUGGUGUUCUACAGGGCCCAGUUUACGGCCGAUUACCAUGGUUUAGUCAUGCUGGUCGAAGCACAGACUCAUCUCGGCCUUCCGCUGACGGUGAUCAACUAUCAAAUCGGCUGGGAGAUGAGGACCGUGGAAGGGUAUGACAUCCUCCGGUACCUGAUGAAGGCGUUUCCCAAUCUGCACAUCAUCGAACCAAGCAGGCUUCGUAUAUCCUUAGGCCCAAAAUUCAUACAAAUGAGGGCGGAGACGGGGGAGCUAUGGGAACCGCAGGAAUGA